UCUCCCAAUCUUUGACCACUUCCACCUUUUUCUCUCUGUUUGUGUUUCUCUGCCACCAUGGAAGAUGAUGAGACAUGCAUCACAAAUCUAAGCCUUGGACUUGGAAUGAGAGGGCAUGUCCCAAAGAAGGAGAACCAGAGAGUGCCAUGUUUGAACCUUACCUUUCACCUUUCUCCUAAAGGGGAAGAAGCCAUUCACAUGGUGGAUCAACAACAACGUGAUGAUCAUCAUGAUAAGGCAAAAGGGUUUUGUUUGAAACACCCAAAUGAAAUUAGUCCUGAUGAUAGCAACAAUAGAAAGAAAUUGAAGCUCACAAAAGAGCAAUCAGCCACGCUCGAGGACAUCUUCAAGCUUCACACCACUCUUAACCCCGCACAGAAACAGGCACUUGCUGAGCAAUUGAAUUUAAAGCAUAGACAGGUUGAAGUUUGGUUUCAGAACAGAAGAGCAAGGACCAAGUUGAAACAAACAGAAGUGGAUCGCGAGUUCCUGAAAAAAUGUUAUGAGAAACUAACCAAUGAGAACCUAAGGCUGAAGAGGGAAUUGCAAGAGCUUCGUGCACAAAACAUUGGAGCAACCCCAAUGUACAUUCAACUCUCCAAGGCUAAAACCUUGAGCAUUUGUUCAUCUUGUGGGGAAUUAUUGAAGCCCAGUGAAGAGAACAAAGCAACCAUUUCCAAGGUGAUCAGAAACAGCAAACAUAAAUUGCAAACCAAGGUUGGGUUAGAGGGUAUAAUGAACUCAUAAUUUGAUGAAUUGGAUAGUGGAAUGUCAGAACAGAAAAAAAAAUAAAAAAUAAAAUAAACAGUACACAUUCUCAGUCCCCACAUCGAAUAAUAUGUAUAGCUGUGUAGGACUGCGUGCAAUAUAGGGUAGCUAGAUAGGAGAUUGUUAACUGGGUGGCUCAUUUUGUUCAUUCAAAUACAAAUUAAUCGAUAUUAACCCCACCAUUAUUUGCUUUUUUUCUUUUGUGCUUAAUUUGUAACAUUUUUUUUGCUAAACCUAGUAGUGUCUACGGACAAAUAUACAUAUACGUGUUUGAAUGAUUGAAAUUAGAAUGUGACAAA